AUGAAUGAAGCGAUCGCAGCCUACAGCCGCCCCUCCCAACUCCGCUUUCUCUUUACCCAGCUUCUGGCUGACCUCCCGUUUCCAGCCGUGGAGCUAUGGGCCCGAUUCCAGAGCGACCUCUGCGCUGACUACAGACUACGCCACCCCACAGCCCACGCUACGGACCUUGCCUUGCAAGACCUAGCUCGCUAUCUGGCAGCACAGGGAUCCUCCUUAACACAGUGUGGCCUACCAGAACCCGCUCGACAUUGCGCGGAGGUGGAUUUGGAACUUAGCUUCUUCGCGAACCAACUAUCAUCCAUCCGCAUGACAAGUGACGAGGCGUACUGUAGGAUGAACUCGGGUCAGAAAGGCAUCUUCGAUCAUCUCCUGGGCCAGUUGGACGUUAGGGGCUGCUACUUCGUCGACGGCCGUGCGGGUCGCGGGAAGACAUUUUUGAUAAGUGCCAUGUGUGAUCGCAUCAGGGCAGACGAGCGCAUCGUCUGCGUGACUGGAACGACUGCCCUCAGCGUCAUCCAUUACGAGCGCGGUCGCACGGCCCACUCUGCCUUUGGUAUUCCCGUUCAAGAAUCCGACGCGGGCUUGGUAUCAAAGAUCAGCACUCACUCAGGUCGCGCGGAGCUCCUACACCAGGCCUCACUCCUGAUCUGGGAGGAGCUUCCUAUGGUGAAGAAGGCGGUCGUGGAGUGUGCAGACCACCUCCUUCAAGAUAUUAUGAGCAAUGACCUUCCAUUCGGAGGAAAACUCCUCAUUGGGCUAGGGGACUUUCGCCAGGUGGCACCGGUCGUCCGCGGCAGUUCUGGGCCUAUAGCAACCCUCAACAGCUCUAUUCGCACCUCCACGCUCUGGAACCACUUCAAGGUCCUGCGGCUGACCAGUCCAGUCCGACAGGCCGGGGAUCCGGUAUACGCAAGAUGGGUAGAUCAGGUAGGAGAUGGUUUACAUCCCUUUGAAACAAGUGUGCCACUCCGUCACUUGCAGCAUCUUGACGACCUUAACGCUGCGGCAGACUUCCUCUUCCCACAAGAUUCCGUCUCCACCUCCGCUGCUGCCGUCCAACGCGCUUUCCUUAGCCCGUUCAAUGCCCGCGUUGAUCUGUUUAAUAGGCUUAUCUUGGAACGGUUACCGGGGCGUGCAGGUAUUCCCAUUUUUGCUAGUGACAUUUCCGUGUAA